AUGGCAACGCCAAUUCCUGUCGUGUCAUUCGAGAAGUUCCUCAUAGGAGACCGAAUUGACCAAAAAGAGGUAGCAAAGAAGGUUUACGACGCCUUCUCGACGGUAGGCUUCAUCUACCUCAAGGACCAUGGGAUCCCGCAAACGAGAGUAGACGAAAUCUUCGAGCUGAGCAAAGCUUUCUUUUCUCUGCCUCUAGAAGACAAGCUCAAAUAUAAACUUGCCGAAGUCCACGUCAAUCAAGGAUAUACGGCCGACGGCGCGGAAGGGAUUAAUGACCACAAGGAGUGCUAUGAGCAUCGACGCUUUAGCAAUAAGCUAUGCCCACAGCAGUCCGAACUUCCUAACUUCAAGUCCACGCUCGACGACUUCUACAAUCAAUGCCUCAAACUAGCGAUGAAUGUUCUCAAGUGCCUUGCCAUGGUGAUGGGCCUGGGUGAUGAUUUCUUUGAGCCCAUCACUAAGCGUGCGGACCCACAACUCCGUCUUAUCCAUUAUCCAGAGUUAGACCGCCAGGUCAUCGAAGAACUUGGGCAUGCGCGGAUCAUGGCACAUACGGAUUUUGGCCUUUGCACUCUGUUGUUUCAGGACCAGGUUGGCGGAUUGGAGAUCGAUCCAUGGCACGAGGACAAAUUUGUACCGGCACCUCCCAUCCCGGGAACCAUACUGGUCAAUAUCGCGGAUCUGCUACACCGUUAUACCAAUGGGAGGGUCAAGUCGACAAGGCACCGGGUCGUGGGCCCUUCGGUCGAAAAGUAUUCCGGUGGGAAGUUGCCGGCACGGUACAGCAUUCCAUUCUUCGUGCACCCUGAUCCAGAGACCAUGAUUGAUCCCAUCACCCUCAGCGAAGGCGAAAAGAAAUUAUACGAACCGGUUCAUGCUGGAGAAUGGCGCAAUUGGCAUACCGCAACGAACUAUCGUUUGAAGCAGACUGAGAACAUAGCCCAGGCCACCCCAGCGGCAUGA